CGCUUUUAUCUAUCGCACGGAUAGGGUGUGUGCGUGUGCGUAUGUGUAACAUCGCGAGUUAAACGUUGUGUAACGUUCGAGAGAAUAAUAGUAUAAAUGCAAAAGUAAGAGACAAAAACCUUAGCUUGACAAUUUAGUGUAGAUGGCUACCAUUUGAUAUAAAAUUGUCACGGUCUCGGAUCACUCGGUCCAGACGUGAGACUCCCUUCUAAUGCAUCUUGGGCAAAUUCGCUAGAGCAUAAUAUGGGCACUUGUGUGCAAGCGCACAAUGCCCAUUCAUAGGAAAAUUGAAGGGAGUCCUGCAGCCGGAUCCAUCUACACAAUAUUUCGGCCCGACCGGCCCGUCAAGUCGGCCCGACCAGCUGCAGACUUCGGCCCGACCGGCUGCAGACUUCGGCCCGACCGGCUGCAGACUUCGGCCCGACCGGCUGCGAAUUUUGGCCCGACCGGCCGCUACGUUCGGUCCGACCGGCUGCAAAUUUUGGCCCGACCGGCUGCAGAAUUUGGCCCGAACGGCUGCAGAUUUCGGCCCGACCGGCUGCAUUUUUGGCCCGACCGACUAACUAAUUAUAGCACAUCUGCUUCCAGAUGGCGAUGGCAACCAAUUUUGUUACUCUGGGUGAACUCUGGUCCAGAAGCAACAUCGGUGGGAGAGAAAACCUACCGAAAUAUAAAAUUGAGGCUUCUCGACUGGAACCUCUGUAGAGCAUUGAUCAUGAGCCCACGGCAGGUAGCGUGUCAGUUACGAGGAUCUAUGGCUCAAGCGGAGCUCUUUAAUAAGGCGGUGGAACCACUUAAACAUACUAUGCGUUCCAGAGAGCUGACGUCGGAGGCCCUUUCAACGGACGGGUCUAAUUAUACGUCCCGAAGUAAAAGGAGACGGUGUCAAUCGUCCAGCUCAGACGACGAGUACCCGGUCAGAUCCGAGAAACCAAUGAAGAGGAGGCGGCGAGUAUUGUCUUCGAGCUCGGAGGAGGAUGUCAAUGAGACAAGGCUACGCCGCGUGGAAAGCAUGGUCGAGAAUCUUUACCACUUGGUCUCAGGAAAUAAAGAGAACGAUGGCAGCGUCAUGAAUUCGACGUGGCAAGCUCCAACUCCUACAGGUGAAGAGCUGUAUGACGCCGACAGUAUUGGCACAUGUGGCAGCGUAAACGACUGGGACACGUUUUCCCCUGUCACUAGGGAAAUCGAGCCUACAGUCUCUAGGGCGGACCCAGUAAUCGAGACACAGGGCAUGAAAUGCCAGCGUUUCGGGGAAGAGACAUGGAACAAGAUUCGUUACGUGGACGCUCAGAAAAAACUCCACGCAUCACCAGUCUUCAGUACUCUGAAGGUUAACUCAUCCUUGUACAACAAUGGACAUGCAAGCCCAAUGACAGAUAUGUUAUCCAAAAGUGACCUGGCCUUCGGGACUAUCUCACACGGUCUACUGAAGCAACGGAGAAUCAUACAUGAGGCUCUGAAGGAGGCGGGGAACAAACACCCGGAAGCGGCAGACACUUGGAAAAAAGUUUUUGCUGCUAACAGUGAAUACAAGACCAUCUCGGACGACCUGCUGCAGUUCGUUUGCGGAAAAAGGGCGGAAAUCAUCGAAAGUCGCAGGAAACUAUACGAGCCUAAAAGUAGUUACUAUAGGUCCAUCGUCAAUGAGAUUCCUCCGUCAGGUACGCACUUGUGGGAUGAAGAGCAGCUGAAAGAUGUGGUUAAAAUGCAUGGAGUGACGAAAAUUGCUCCUGUCCGCUGGCAGAGUAAUUUGGGAAAAGUCGCACUGAGACAGAAGGUGCCUCAAGGAACUUCUCAUGAAAAGUAUCUGCGUCAAGGUUCAUUUAAAAAAAAAAUGAAGAAGGCAGAGUUUAAGCAUUCGCGUAAGCCGGGGGCGAAAAGUCAUACCAAGCUAGCUCGUAAGGAGCAACCACCUUUAGAUAAAAGGCGGAGUUUUUGACAGUUUUCAGGCAGGACAACUCGCCAAAUAUGUCUCUGCUUGGAAAAGUAUGGGAGCCUCACAAUCGAUUCUCAGUAUCCUGAAAGGCUACGUGAUCCCUUUCUCAAUAAAGCCACCAAUAACAGUACUAUCCCAACCGAUACUAAACAAAUUCGAGACACCUGCAUUCACACAAAUGGAUCGAGAAAUACAAAACCUCAUAAAUCAAAAGGUGGUAGUAAAACUGCAAACAAAAACAGGUUUCUUAUCAAAGAUGUUUUUGACGCCGAAAUCGGGGGGCUUGUGGAGACCAGUGUUCAAUCUAAAAAGAUUGAACAGCCUCAUCACGCCCAAGAAGUUCCGCCUUAUGAACCAUCGCAAACUGCCAUUAUUUCUCCAGGAAAGAGAUUAUAUGGUAAAAGUCGACCUUUCUCAAGCAUAUUUCCAUUUGCCAAUAAAGCAAAAGCAUUGGCGUUAUCUGGGACUUUAUUACCGGCAAAACAUCUACGCUAUGACAGCACUACCAUUUGGCCUAAGCUCCGCUCCACAGGUGUUUGCAAAAGUUACGAACUGGGUGGCGAGCUACUUGAGGAAACAAAACAUUCGAGUAAUGGUCUAUUUGGACGAUUUUUUGAUCGCAAACCAGAAUCCAGAAGAACUAAAGCGAGAGGUAUCCACCCUGAUAGAUACUCUCAUAAAGCUGGGUUUCUGCAUCAACCUGGAGAAGUCCGAAAUAAGACCUACACAGAAAUUGGCAUAUCUAGGUAUUAUGUGGAACACCAUAAGAAAUCAAAAGAG